AUGAUACGAUCGAUUACAUCCCAUCUUAGAAGAGCAACUCAUCUAAACUAGACUUUAAAAUACAUGCCAUAGUAUCUCUUAUCUGAGAACGUCAAGGAAAAGUAAUUAAGAGAAAAUGACAUGCUUUGGAUUGCAGCUAAUGCAGAGUAAUCAAAAGUUCAAUAUUUAUUAGUGACAAAAGGUGCUCUAUCAUCGAGAUUCAAAAAUUCAUAUAAGAAGAACCUAUGCUUGAAUAAUCUCCUAUAAGACUCAUGGAUUUAGGAAAUAAUUACUUUCGACAUAUCAACCCCAGAAAAAAAAAGACUAUGCUUUUACUCUUAGAUGCCUAUGUUGAUAAUUUGACUCAAGAAGAAGCUUAAUUAUUCUAAGAUGCCUUGUCCAUCUACUUUGAUAAUACUUAUUAAGGGAAAGACAUGGAGGCCUUGAGUUGUGAAGAAAAGGAUUUACCAGAACCAUUAUUGUGGCACAUCUAUAGCUUAAUGAUAUUUGAUAGAUUGAGUAGUCAUUAUGCUCGAUAUGAAUAUCUUGACUAAUUCAGAAUUAUCGAAUAUUUUAAUCAACGAGAUAAAGUACUAAUAUAUUUAUAUAUAAAAUUUUAGUCUAAAAUCAAUCGAGUGAAGUAUGUAUUUACUUCUCAUCCAACUUAACCAAAUUCAUUGACUUAGUUGAUUGCUAUAAGUAGAAUGCUACAAGGGAUAGAAUAAAAUGAUUAUAAGUAUCUUAAGUAUGCUGCUAAGUUAUUUAUUUAAUCCAAUAAAUAACGAGUUUUUAAUGUAAUCAUCCACCUUCAUAUAUUAUAGAAAGUAUCAUACAUUGAGGAAUCAUUAAUUUAUCAUACCUAAUAUUUACCUAAUCUUAUAAAGGCCGUAGCUCAAGCUUAUGAAUUAGGUUUGUAGCACCCUGAAGAAUAUUUUGAGACUCCAGGUACUUGGUUGACAUUUGAUUUUGACAAUCAUCCAGGAAUGGUAAACAUUUUAUUUAUAUUUCUUAGGAAAUUGGUAUUAUGACUUAUACACAUGGUUUGACAAUUGACUUAACCUUAUAAUAAUAUAAAGAAUAUAUUUCUGAAGCAAAAUUAGAUGAGAAUGAAGAUUUUAAACAAAUUUUAGAAUUAUAUUAAUAAGCUUUAGAAUAUAGUAAAAGCUUAAGGGAUUUAAGUGAUAAAUUUAGAGUUAAGAAAGAGAUAUCACUUGAAGAAUUCUAUUAAUAAAUGCCUAUCUUUAAUAUCAAAAAAAUAGAGGAUUAAAUUAAUCAAAUUCUUGAUCACAUUCUGGCAAAGAAUGAUGAUUCUAAAGACUAUUUUAUAGCAUUAAAGUUGAAAAAACUUUAUUCAAUUUUCAGAUUAACAGGAGUAUUAGGACAAAUUAGAUUAGCUGGUGAAGAUUUAACAGAUGUAUUAAUUCUUUUUAUAUUUAAGAUUAAUAAAAUCAAACCGAUGAUUAAAAAUAUAUUCAAAGAAAUCUCCCUUUUAAAUGCCAAUGGAUAAGCAGCAGAUAUGGUUAUUAUUGCUAAUUUCUAAACCUAAUCAUAAUAUGAUUUAGUUAAUGAUCUUAUCAAUCUAUAUAAAGUUUAGAAUGUAGAAAUAGUACCUUUGUUAGAAACCUUUUCAUCAACAAACAAUACAGAUUCUAAAAUAACUAUGAUUGCCAGUAGUGACACACGAUAAAGAGAUGGAUUAAUCUUGACUGAACUAAGAAAUAUGAGAGAAUACAAAAGGAAUCCAGAAAAGUAUAUUUACAUGGGGUAAGGUAUUACUCCAGAAAGAGGAGGUGGACCUUAUACUUUGAUCCAUACAAAAUAUUAAGCUUUAACUAGAGCACAACGAAAAAGACAUAUAAGAACAAUUUAAGGUCACUAUUUUACAUCAGAAUUUGCCAGUGAAGAUGUUGCUUUCACUUUUUUGUUAAAUGGAUUAGCUAAUAUUAAUUAUAGUGAUGAUUUCGAACCUACUUAUGAAUAUAUGGAUUUUUUGUUUGAAUUAGGUAAAUAAUAUGUAUAAAAGUAGAUAAUGUAAUUGGAGUACCUUAAAGAGCUAUGUAAAAGGCUAAGGAAUACAAUGACUUGUAUGUGAAAAAUUAAGUUGUCAGAACUAUGGUGGAGUCUUUCAAUUUUGCAGGAAGUAGAGAGAUUGCUAGACCCUUCGAAAGUAUAAAAAGUUAGAGAGCCAUCGUUCAAGCUUAUUGUAAUAGUGACAGAUGCUCCUUUACUCAUCCAGAAUUAGCUUAUUGGGAUAGAGUUCCAGAAGAAUUGAUCAACAAAAUUGCAACCUAUUAUUAUAAUAAUCAUCCUCAUAUGAAAUACAUGCUUUACAUGUAUGCUUUGAUGGCUAGAAGAUGUGAUUUAGAUUUUGCAAAAUAAGAAGUAGGAUUAGACUCAACUAAUCCUUAUUUUUAAGCAAUUUAAAAGGGAAGAGCAGCCUUGAUGAAAAUUUUAGAUCAAUUAGGUCUUGGUGACAAUAGUACUCCAAUGAUUGCUAUUUGGAAAUAACAUUUAGGAUGUUAAUUAUAAUCAAUGAAUAUGGAAGUUAAUUAGAAAUUUUAAACAUUUAGAACUUUGAAUUAAUUACAAUUGUAUUAGGCAAAGAAAAUGGUCAAACAUGGAAUUUUAGAAACUGAUAUGGUUGCAAGUUAACGAAAAUUAAGAAUUUUACAAUCUACAUUAGCAAACAUGACAUCUUUUGCUGGAAAGGGCUGA